GCUACGGCGUAUAUGACGGCCAUGGUCAAAACCAGCUGUUUGUGUGUUUUCCUGUUUUUGUAGGGCAGACAUUUCAGACGUCGAUAUUAUUUUCGUGACUGGAGCAAAGUGAAUUACAGCAGGUUUGCCGCCACGCAUGCACGCGCACUAACGAUUUCCAACUAUCGAAAGGAACCACAACGAAUUCAGCUCGGCAAUUUUCACAAUAGAAGGGAAAUGACAGUCAGAUGAAAUGCAAUGGGGUCGCAGACCUUAGACAUAUUUCGCCAAGGCGUUUGGGCUUCGUUCACCGGAGGCUGGUUCUAUGAUCCCCAUCAGAAUGUGUUCUGCAACGCGGUGCACUUGUACAUUUGGUUGUUUUUCCUCUGCACACCUUUCUUCACGUACCUGUACUUCCCGAAAACAUACGCAACAUGGGGCACUUACAGUGUCGUUACCGCGUGCAUGAUGGCUGUUUUGAAGGGGGUGAACAUGGCCCUGCACAUGCUGUACGAUCGCUCGCAGGCCAUGUCGGAAACCGGUUCGAAAAAAGCCAUUAGGGACAGCGAGUGUGGCGGUAUCGAGAUGCAGGUGCUGGGGCUGGAGAAUGCUUUGAGAUCGUCUACGAAGGGGCAGACGUAUGAGUGCAGUGCGGCGAAUAGCGUCGCAUCCUUGGAAUGCGAGGAUAAUAAUGCCAGCACAAUCGAUUUUAAAGUCGACGUUCAUAGAAAAAACAGUUCAGGAUCUAAUGAAAGUACCCUCGACCAGAAUACCGAAUCAGCAGCGCCAAAAAAAGUUCAAACAAGCACCAUCGAUGAAAAAACAGACAACCGCAAUCAGAAGAGUAUUCAAAACGAAGUAAAUAAACUCGAAGAAGCCCCAAAUUGUUCUGAAAAUGAAGGCGAAAUGGCCGGUGCCGCUAGCGUUGAAAUCGUCGAGAAAACUCAAAGCUUUAAAGCCCGAACCGGAACUAAACCUAAAUUUAAAACUAAGUUGAAUCGUCAAAGUAGUUUAGAUAUUUCGGAAAUAGCAAACGCUUAUAGCAUACACUCUCACGGCAGCGAAGAUCCGCACACCUUAAACUUUCACUUAGCCAAACUUCAACGACACAAUAGUUCUGAUAGUGCAGAAGACAAUCCAAAUCGGAGCAUAUCAUCGAAUAGCUUUCACGAUCAGCAUCAUUCAAAAGGACCGAAAAAUAGUAUGCAUUCAUACUUAGAAGGCGUCUACACUAAAUCAGAUUUGGGAAUAGAAAACUUAGAACAGGACGGAACCAAGUUUUCCUUGGAGCCAUGCAAGCAUAUGCGGAAAGACUCAAACGGUACAAUGUCGGCUCUGCAACUUCCUCUCGAGAUCUCUAACAAUAAUGCUCGCAAACGGCGACAUUCUAAUACAGGCUGUAAAGUGAUAAAUAUGCCGUCCACAGGGGUGAGGCGGAUAAAAAGUGCAGCUUUAGAAAUUCCAUGCCUACAACCAUCGGUUUCAAACUUAUCUGCGCAUCCAAAUAGUGCGGAAACAAUUUCUGGACGACAAAUCAAGAACCCUCAAAGCGCUAUUCUUCCACCGCCAAGUAAAUGUUUGGUUCGGAAUCCUCAUUUGAAUUUAUGUCCUAAAAUUGACAGUCUUUCUGGGAUCGCGAACGCUGGUAUAGACCCUGUCUACCCCAUAGCGGAGCAAGUCGAUGAAAAGAACAACUUACCCGACGAUUUCACCGAACAUUCGGCGUUAGAAAAGAAAGGAAAAAACCUGAGUAGUUUUAGUCACAAACGAUGUUCAAUGACAGAAUCAGAAUCCGACUUGGAUCGUCCUCGGACACGCUCAACUGACUCGGAUGCCGACAUCAAUGGAUCCAGCUCUCCUUUAUUAACUAGACUAGGACAGCCGGAAAACCAUGAAUGCAGGGAGCGUAAGGCAGGGUCUAUAAAUUUAAGCAGAAUUAAUUAUAACAACGACUGUGCAAUACGGUCCCGUAAUAAGAGCGGAGAUUCAGGUUGUCCAUCGAGUGAUUGUGAACAAGCGAGCGCUAGCUCGAAGGACAUGUUGCUAGCAAGUAGUAGUAAGUGCAAUUCGAAAGUAAACAGUUCAACAAAUACUGGAAAGGGUUAUAGUAGGGAGGAUAGACCGUCGAAAAACGAAGCCGGACCGAGUACAAGUCAGAAAGAUUCAAAGAGCUUAGGGGCCAUCCCAAAAACUUCAAGACGAUCUGAAGAAUUAUACUCUCAAUCCGAUGAAUUACAAAGUGUUAUCCAGAAGUCACCAAGCAGUGGCUCCUCUUCAACUUCACUAAGAAGUUUCUUCUGUGAAAGUUUCUCAAAUGAAAUUUUUGAUAACUGGGUAAUGAUUAAAGCCACGAAAAAUAAUAUGCUUCCCAUCACUUACAUGGCAGGUGAUGGAACAAUGAAUUCUCUAUCAAGGCGAGCUAUGAUGGAUGGCAACUAUAAAUUAACUCCGAUUCUGCAUAGAUCAAAUGCAACAAAACGUAGAAAAAAGAGCCAAGAUUUCCUGAAGAACGAAGCAGAUUUGGCUGGUACUUUGGAGACAGAAAACGAUGAAGCCCAGACAACAACUAAUAUUACAAAUUUCACAUUGGAAGACUUAAUGCAACCAUAUCCGGAUCGGUUCACAAUACAAAUGGCACAACGAGCAGCGGUUUUGAAUGUAAGAGGAACAGACUUCAACGAAUCGGCGUACAGCGACUAUUGGCGUAGUUUGUCAACUGAAAAACAAGUCCCGCCCAAGCGAUGCUACAAGUAUCGACUGAAAUGCUUCGGCAGCAAGGAAUUGAAGAUUAAAAUGGAUAGAUUGCAGCUAUUGGCCCUCUUCGAUAGGGACUUGAAUUGGUUUCACGUCGUACUGUCGGUACUGCUCUCGGCGAUGGUGUGCUUCCUCGGUUCAACAAUUCUGAACUUGGGUAUAUAUAAGGAUAUAUGUGCCUUUUUGUUCUGCUUAGUGAUAGCAGGGAGCCAAUAUUCGCUGCUGAAAAGCGUACAGCCUGAUGCAGCGUCACCGGUUCAUGGAUUCAAUAAAACCGUGGCAUACUCGCGACCAGUUUAUUUUUGCCUAUUUUGUAGUUUGCUUCUUCUAUCGCGUUACAUAUCAAAUGAAAUCAGGAGCGAUGCAGCUUGGCGAAGUCCGCAAACAGUCUAUAUCUUCGGAUUGUCUAUUAUGCCCGAAGCUCUGUUUAGUACGUUGACUGAUUGCAUAUCGAUUAUGUUGCUGCUGUUUCCGGUGCUGUUUAGUCUAGGCCUAUUCCCACAAUUCAACACGUUUUGCAUGUACGUUCUGGAGCAGAUCGAUAUGCACAUGUUCGGUGGAAGUGCGGUUUGCAGCUUAGCCGCUUCCAUUCUUUGUGUGACGAAAUCAGUGAUUGGGGUGUGUAUCUUAUAUGGUCCAAUCUACGGCGGAUUGGCUGAGAAAAAGGGCACACAGCACAUCUCAUUCUCGAUAUUUUGUGCGAUUCUAGUCUCACUGUCGUAUCACUACUCGCGAUGCGCAAGUGACUUCUCUCACAUUUGGUCACUGAUCAAGUCGAGCUUUUUCAACUAUGCCGACGACGACGAAGAGGACAUCGACAAAUCGAACGCGAAAAUCUUCAAUUUAAACGAACGAACCGAUGACGAUGGAAACAAUAACAAUAAAGAGGAGAACAAUGACAAUAAAACUAACGAUGACAAAAACACAGCGGCGGGCAGCUUGCAAUCUGUGGACACUGAACAACCAGAUCCAUUGCCUAAGAAGCUGCAGAACACAGUGAAUUGCAGAUUGAAAAAUGAUUUGGUUGUAUGCAGCGCGGUGGGAAUUUUUAUUCUUGCUCUUCAUUCCACCACGGUGUUCACGGUCUUACAGCCCGACUUGAAUGGUGUACUGUUUUCCAUAGCGGGCGUGCUGGGCUUUUGUUUGCACUAUCUACUUCCCCAGAUGCGGAAACAUUUGCCGUGGCUGUGCUUUGCACGACCGAUUUUAAAACAGCGUGAAUUCGGAAAGUUCGAAGUUAGUGAUGCGUCUAAGAUAAUGUGGUUCGAACAGUUGUACGUGUACUUGUGCUUUUUGGAGAAAAAUGUUUUGUAUCCCUUGAUCUUCAUAUCGGUCCUGACGGCUGAUUCCACGAAAAUCGUUAGUAAAUUUGGACUGCCCUUGGGGACUACAAUUGUUGCAGUUUGCGCUCUGAAAGCUGUAAGAAGUUCGUAUUCCGACACCGCUAACCAAUACUUGAUCGUUGCAUUUUGUGUGCUCCUUUUCAAAUUCGAUUUUAGCUUCGCCAGUGAAACUUUCCUUCUGAACUACUUUGUUAUUUCAACACUUUAUCGAAAGUUAUGUGAAUUUCUAUUGAAGAUGCAAUUCGUUGUAACAUACAUCGCUCCAUGGCAAAUUACAUGGGGCUCGGCAUUUCAUGCAUUUGCCCAACCAUUUAGUGUUCCACAUUCAGCAAUGCUUUUCGUACAAGCUGCCAUUAGCGCGACCCUAUCAACGCCACUUAAUCCAUUCCUUGGGAGCGCGAUAUUCCUAACGUCCUAUGCUCGUCCAAUAAAGUUUUGGGAACGAGAUUAUAACACACGAAGAAUCGAUCAUUCAAAUACACGACUUAGUUCGCAAUUAGAACGAGAUCUUGGAGCCGAUGACAAUAAUUUAAAUAGUAUAUUUUAUGAACAUCUGACCAGGUCUCUUCAGCAUUCACUUUGCGGUGAUUUGCUGCUAGGAAGAUGGGGAAAUGUUAAUCAAGGCGAUUGUUUUGUCUUGGCUUCAGAUUAUCUCAACUGUCUUGUACACAUAAUAGAAUUAGGAAAUGGUUUAUGCACGUUUCAAAUGAGAGGUUUAGAAUUCCGAGGAACAUACUGCCAACAGCGGGAAGUAGAAGCGAUAUCCGAAGGGAUCGAGGACAACGAUGGAUGUUGCUGCUGCUCGCCCGGUCACUUGCCACACAUGCUAAGCGCGAAUGCAAUGUUCUCUACACGAUGGCUGGCAUGGCAAGUAGUUGCCGCCCAAUACGUUCUAGAAGGUUAUUCAAUUUCAGAGAAUUUAGCUACAGCCACGUUACAGUUAUUCGAAUUUCGCAAAGUACUUAUAACAUAUUACAUUAAGAGUAUAAUUUAUUACGUCACACAAAGCCACAAACUGAACGAAUGGCUGGCUCCAGGCCCCAUUCAAGAGGCUCUAGAAUCAACGCUUAAUCGCCAAUUCGUUGAUCUAGAUCCUAUAUUUAACUAUAAUCUCGAUGAAGACUUCGACUUCCGUGCACUGGGAAUAACUCGUGGUAGUUUUUGUUAUGUGUACUUGAAUUGGAUCCAGUUUUGCUAUUCGAAACGAAUCGCGGAAAGGAAUGCCGAAAAUAACUCAAAUAAUGGUAGCAAUGUAGAUAAAAGCAGCCAACCAAAAAGCAUGCAACCUCCACACAGUUCCAGCGACAAGGCAAGUAGCAACGAACCUAGUAAGGAGGACAGCGUGGAAAAUGACUGUUCGAAUGCUGAAUCUGUUAAUAACGACUGCAUUAUAACUAAGGACUCCCAACUAGUCUCAUUAUGUUUAGCUUUAGGAUUGCUUGCUCGGCGAUCUUUGGCGACCGCAAGCCAUGGAUCUUUGUCGGGCGUUGAAUUCUUCCUGCAUGGCCUACAUGCACUUUUCAAAGGUGAUUUCAGAAUAACUUCCCCUCGCGAUGAAUGGGUUUUCGCUGAUAUGGAGCUAUUGCAUGGAGUCGUUGCGCCAGCGGUGAAAAUGGGAUUGAAAUUACAUCAGGAUCACUUCUCCAGUCCAGAUGAAUACUUGGAUCCAACAAUUCUGUAUGACGCUAUAAAGAGCCAUACGAAGGAGCUUGUCAUAUCACAUGAAGCGGAUCCGGUGUGGAGGAACGCGGUUCUCCGAGGUGCUCCGAACUUGCUAGCAUUGCGACAUGUAAUGGAGGACGGUUCAGACGAAUACCGAAUCAUUCGACUGACAAAACGAUUUUUGAGCUUUAGAGUUAUCAAAUUGAAUCGCGAAUGUGUACGCGGUUUGUGGGCUGGACAGCAGCAAGAACUUAUUUAUUUACGUAAUAGGAACCCAGAACGAGGAAGCAUUCAAAAUGCAAAACAGGCUCUGAGAAAUAUCAUCAAUUCAUCAUGUGAUCAACCCAUUGGCUAUCCAAUUUAUGUUUCAUCACUGACAACGUCUUACGCGGAAACCAAUGAGCAGCUUUGCGAACUAAUCGGAGGGUCAAUAACGUUAGAUUCUAUUCAAAAUUUCUUAUUAAAUUAUUGGAAGCGUAUCAAGCGGCGGUGUCAGGAGGGGUGCAGUAGUGGUAGUGGAGUGAUUGAUUGUGAUACAACGAACGAGCUGUCCGGCAAUUACUUCUUGCCUAGUUCAGCCGGGAAUACUACAACGUUAACUUGUGGUAGCCAAAGUCUGCCUAGCUCCUCGAUGAGGGGAAGUUUGGCAAGUAUGAACAAACCAUCGAAUUCAGCUUUAUUAGUGGGAUUUUUGAAUCGCGAAAGGGAGCCGGAUCGUGAAAACGUACGUGAAUGGUUAGGUAAGAAGAGCUUAACGUUACGGCCAACGGAAAGGAAUGAAAGGGAAAAAAUGUCAGCAUCAACAUCGUUUUCACCUAGCAAUCCAGAGGGUGGAUCGAAAGAGAUAUCCGAUGCAGCGCGUAAGCCAUUUCCUUAUCCUGACGCUUAUAAAUUAGGAAUUUCGCCCAACUCAUCAGAACAGUUAUCAGAACAUGACCCAAAAGCCUCUUUUGAAAUUGAACUUACAAAAAAUCCCGAACGAAAGUUAGUGGAAAUAAAUAAGAAAGUAAUAAUCGUGGAUGGAAUGGAGAUUUACGAUUGCCUUGACUUGGGACGUCGAAUAGAUGUGAUAUGGCCGAAUGAGAAGAUGCGACUGAAUGGAGGGCGAUCGUCGUGGAAGGAUUGGUCACCAAAGGAGGGUAUGGUUGGGUUCGUUGUUCACUACUGGCAACCAAACCAUCCCGAUCAACGUUUUCGCUCGAACGUCAAUCGAACGCUGUACCUUGUUGCGAUUGGCGAUCGAUUCGUUCCAGUUGGAGAGCGUGGAAUUAAAGAGUAUAUACAAAUUGGGAAAGAUUUCGGCGUAGUCAAGUUACCAGAGAUUGAACUGUCCUACUACAUUCCAAAAGAUGCCGAAUGUUCAAAAGGAGCGACUAACUGUGAUGCCGAGGAAUUUAGCGUUGCCGUGGAAAGUCCUUCGCCUGAUGAAAUCGUCGAGACUAAGGUGAAGUAAGGUUUGUUGGUACCGAGUAAGAUGGAAAAUGGAGAGAAGGUAAUUGUAAAUUGGAACGUAACCCUUUUGUGAAUAGAAACGAAGAAUAGCGACCGCAACUCCUAAAUUGAUAUGAACACGAAAUACUAACUGAACAACUUUAACUUUCAUGGCUUACAGCACUCGGUUGGGGGGUGCAAAGCAUUUUUAAACUUAUUUAUGUUAAAUAUAAAAUCGUUCGGAACAUAGAGAUAAUAGUUGAAUUAUGUUUUAAGUCGGAUUCGCCUCAACAUUGUUUUUUUUUGUAUCGCUAUUCUCAUGUAAGGAUAAUAUAUAUACCAUUAAGUGCAAUUUCGCCGAUAUUAAUAUAAGAUACAUCCAUGCAUCCAUGCAGACAUACAUACAUUGCAUUGCAUCACAUUUUUCUAAUGCAUCUUGUAAAUAUUUAUAUACUUCGAUCAAUUAGUGAAUACAUGAAUAUAUAAUUUCAAUAUUUAA